GGGAGGGACUGUUGCCGGGAUGGUUUUGGUCCACGAGACAGGCCCUUUUGACUAACGGCCGCUCGGGGGCGGGGCCAUGCUGUUUUACAAGUGACUGGAGCGCGGCGUUACCUUCUGGUCAGUGUCAGUCCGCCGACUGAGGACGGGGACCGGCGAUUGCCAUGGAGCAUACAGCUGCCUACAGAGCAAAUAGUCGGUGUUGGAGUGACAUGGAUGCUGGCAGCAAGCUUAUGGAUGAGUUUACCAGCACUACAUUGUUCAAACCUUGCUCCACUUACAGCCCUUACAAAGUUCAGAGUGAGGAACCAUUUGACAUGCACCACAGUUAUGAGUUUUCAAUUCCUACCAGUUCAUGUAAUUACUCUACAAACUACGCUGAUUCUUCUCUUUUCUACGCACCUUGGUCAACAUACCCUGAUGAGAUGAAGCAAGCAGCUUCUACACAGCUCAAGUCCAAGAUACAAGCUGAGAAGAACGAAUACGGAAGUGAGGCUGAUCUCUAUGGGCUAGUAUCUAAUAUUCUUGAUGAAACUGAAAAAACACAGCCUUAUUUUAGUCAGGGAAUAUGCUCUCCCACUAUGAAAUCUGUGUGGUCUUUGAAUAUGAAUAGACUGUCUGAUCACGAGGAACUACUGCACGAUAUUACGCAAGCUGAGGAUCUGGCAGUAUUGCAGCAGAAUGUCUAUGGCACUGAGUCAAUGCCCAGCACAGAAACACAGCAGUUAGAGGAUUUAUACCAUGAUCUGGAACAAGAUGGACAUUGGCUCUCUUCCUGUCAUACUGAUAAUCAUGGCAGCUGUAAUCUAAACCCCAAAAUGAGCAUUCAGGAGUUCUCUCUUCCCAAGAACGGCUUUACAGUGUCGGCUGCAUUGCCCGAAACAUCCAAAGACUGUUUUCAGAAGAGGGAUUCAUUGGUUUCACCAUUAAACAAAUAUAACUUUGACACUGAACUUGGAAGAUAUGAUAUGAUAAAUCAUGGUAAAACCAAGCAGAGUAAAUGCUCAGUCUUUCAGGAUUUUAAAAAUUGCACUAAUGUAUCAUCUGAAUUUUCUGCUUUUGAUGCAGAAGCCUAUGCCAGAUUCUUCCAAGCAAAACAAAACAUUCAAAGACAUGAAGAUUUUUUGCUAGAUCAAAAUAACACUGCUGCUAAGGUCACACAGCUAAUGACAGCUAGGCCUUUCCCAAAAGAUUCCCUAUUUGCGUCUGAAUACGAUCACAAGACUGAUUAUGGAGUGAAAACACUGUGUGGAGGUAGUAGUGCUUUUGUUAAUCACUUACAGAAACUGAACCACAUAAGACAUGAUCUCCAAAAUUCAGAUUACUUUAAGUCUGCCAGUCUUAUGUCCUCUACAACUAGUGGUAAUUCAAACAAGUCAUCAUGGCUAAAUGGCCAUAGUGAGAGCAAUUCUCACAGCACUUAUUGCAAUCAGAAGUUAAACAGUGUUUUAUCUAAUUCCCAGAGAAAUCCUACUCUUGGCUCCAGUUAUUCUUCAGUGGCCUGUCCACUUACACCUACUAGAAGUUUCCAAAAAUAUAGCAAUGUAAUCCCAACAGUUUUACCUUUUGAAUACAGUUUCAACAGUACCGAUAGGGCACAGGACAGAUUUGGCAAAACUAGGGAGGAACUAAUGUUGGAAUCCAUCUCUGAAAAAAAGUUGAAGCCAUUAAAUGGUGUCUGUGAGAAACUAUCAAGCCACUACAAUCCAUUAAACAGCACUGUCAAGAAGAUACCAGAGAAAAAACAAAGCAUGCAGUGCAAUGUAGAUGAACACACCUAUGAUAGCGUAGCCCAUAGUUAUAAGGAGUUGCUUGGCAGUUUACUAAACUACAAUAAUCAAAGACCAGUAAGUGGUGAUAAGCCACUUAAUGGCAGCAAGUUGACACAUCAUCAGGACAAAUGUUUUUCUAAUGGAUUGAUGAUGGGCGACAUACAUAACAACUUUACCACACAAUCUUCCAAUAACUGCAGGUCGCACUUUUCUCAUAAUUUGGGUAACACAAUCUAUCCCAUAAUGGACAACUAUGACCCAUAUCCUUAUGAAGACCUGGGCCAAGUGUGUCCACGGCUCAAUGACCUCUUACAUGGGGAUGCCUCCAUUCGUGCGUUGGUACCAAUGUUCAGCACUCAGAGAUCAAUGAAGCCUCGAAGUAUACCUGCAGGUGAACUCCACUUCCAUCUGGAAGAAUGUUAUGAGCAAUGUAGAGCUCUGGAAAAAGAGCGGAAAAGGACCGAAUCUGUUCUUGUGAAGCAUUAUCCUGGGAAGAAGGUUUCCAGCACAAACAAUACUCCUAUCCCAAGACUUACCGCCAACCCCUCCAGAGUUGACCGUUUGAUAGUGGAUCAGUUGCGUGAACAGGCCAGAGUUGCAACUCUACUGGGUAAAAUGGAGCGCUUCCGUAGCUCACCACUUCAUGCAAACAUUUCCACUGCCAUUGACCGCUACUUGGAAGCAAUUCACAGUGUUCAAACCCAUCGCAAAGAUGAGAUAGCCAAUACAUCAAAUCGCCAGAAGCAUAGUAGACCUCGCCAUCAUGAUGACAGAGAUAUAUUUAUACUCGCAUCCUCAAUCAAAGAUAUGGCUACAGCAACCCGCAAAGCACGGACGGCACUGUGGUGUGCUUUGCAGAUGACACUACCUAAACUAUCACCUGCACAGAAUACCGGAGACAUAGAAAGGGUUCUGCAGACCAUAGGCAACGCACAGGAUAAGGGCUGAGUACCAGGAUCAUAUGAAAUUUCACCUGUUUUAUUGGAUUAAGUAAUCACAUCCUGUUAGUUUGCUUUUAUUUUUUUAAUUAGGGGAGAUUUUUUUCCUAAUGAAGUAAAUUAAAACGUUCUGGGUAUUUCUCAGAAACUACUAAUGUAAAUGAAAAAAAAAUGUAACCCCACCUGCUUUUAAAUUUGCUGUAAUAAUGCUAAAUAUUCUAACACCUUUCUCUAUUUAUAGAAGCAGAAAGAAUGGUCUAUAGAUGUAUUACAGGAUUUAGCUCUGUUUAUGUCUGCCCAACAUUCUUGUAUUGUAGGGAUAAGGCAGAAUAAUACAAUGAAGGCCCUAAUAUUAAUUUUAAUGUGUUUAUUUUAAUUGUACAGAUCUCCAAAUUGUGCUCAUUGCUUUGGGAGUAUUCUCCCAGCUAUUCUUGAGCAAUGGUUCCACAAACGAUGACUUGAGUUGAUUUUGCAUUGAUGCUUCAUGUUUUUGAGAUCUGCAAUGAUUGUGGAAUUAGGUUCUUUUCUGUACAUUACUAAGCAAACACAAACAUCUCAGUCCAUCUUUCGUGUAGAAAUAUAUUUAAAGCAUCAGAGUAUUUAUUCAAAUUCUUAAAACUCAAGUUGUGGAUUGAUUUAGAAAUAUUCUUCCAAAUCUAGUUUUCACAUUGAUGAUUAUAAAUAAGAUGAACAUUUAUUUUGCAAACCAUGCUCAAUUAUCUUAUGCAUUAAAAGUUAUUCUUAGUUGCAGUCUUUGAAAAGCUGCUUUUUACCAGUUUUAAAAUUCUUAAUGAAAAUCCCAGUUCAUAAUCUUCAGAAGAUAUAGAGAAAAACAAAAACAGUCUUUGGUUUACUGUAAAACCUUCAUUUUAGUAUAUAUGAAGUUGUAAAAUAAUAAGUAAAAAAAACGUAACUGUUUUGUUAACCUUUUACUUCUGUUUUAAAGUAAUUAUUAAAUAUUGUAUUUUUUCUCAUUUGACAAAAGUAUCACAUAUUGCCUUUUGUGUGAUCUCAAUUGCUGUAGUGCAGAUGUAAUAUAUUGAUGUCAUAUCUUGAUGUAUGUAUGACACAGCAGUGUGAAAAGCAUGUAUUUCUGAUCUAAUAGACUGUUGGGUAACAUUUCAGUGAAAUUUGGUUUGAGGAAGAAUCCUUAAUAUUAUCAUCGAUUAAUAAACUUCUGUCUUAAUGAUUUGGUCACACACUAGAUCUUUAAUGUACUUUAUGGAUAACCACAUAAAACAGUUAAAACCUUUUUUUUAUCCAGUGGUUAUUAACAUGUGGAUGACAUGUACCCAUACAAUGUACAAUCUGAAAAAAUAAAAAAUAAAAGUGGUAUUGUU